AUGUAUGGCGCUGAGGAAAAGAAAAAUGUUGGGAUUCAAGUAGCGGCAAGGAAGGGAAAAGCAAAAGAAAUUCAAACAGAUUUAUCAUUGCUACAAUGCGAAAGUGUUGCAACGCAAUGCGGCGAAUGGAUAGGAAGUUAUCAACGAAAGGCAAACCAAGAAAAUGUUUAUUGGACAUACGACAAGCUUAAAGACGGCGUACUUACCAGUAGAAAUUGUGUGAUAAGUUGGCUAAUGGAAAGGAAGUUGAUCACUAGUAAUCGGCUAUGCCCUCGUUGUGAUAGCGUUAUGAAAUUGGUCGAGUGUGAUGAUAGGUCGGACGGUUGUAAAUGGAAUAUUCGGAAAGGUAGUUGGUGUGAGGGCAGUAAUUUAACGUUGGAAGAAGUUCUCAAGUUGACAUAUUGGUGGUGUAGAGAUGUUAAACAGGAAACAAUGAGAUUUGAGGUAGAUGUUAGUGGAAAUACAGUAGUUGAUUGGGACCGUUUUUGUAGGGAAAUUUGCGAGUUGAACUAUUUUGAAUGCAGAGAAAAAAUUGGUGGUCCAGGUGUAAGGAUGCAAAUUGAUGAGAGCAAAUUUGGGAAACGAAAAUAUCAUAGAGGACAUAGGGUAGAAGGACAAUGGGUAUUUGGGGGUAUAGAAGAGGGCAGUAGAAAGAGUUUUAUAUUUGCAGUAGAAGACAGGAGUGAGAGAACGUUGUUGCCGAUAAUUGAAACAGUUAUAGAAAAAGGCACGACAAUCAUAUCGGACUGUUGGAAGGCUUAUUUAAAUCUAGAGAAACACGGUUACAAGCACUUGCAAGUGAACCAUUCAGUGGAAUUCGUGAACAAAAAUGGAGAUCACACAAAUAAAAUUGAAGGACAUUGGCGCCAGGCCAAGGUAAAGUUUCCACCAUUUGGCAUACGAAAAUAUAUGUUCUCGUCGUAUCUGGCAGAGUUUCUGUGGAGAUUCGAAAAUAAAGGCAAAGACUUAUUCGAAGUUUUUUUGGAAGAUGCUAAGAAGAUAUAUGGGAACUUUGAAUGAAAGAAUAAAAGAAUAAGAUUGUAAGAUGUAAAUAUACGUUAAAGUUGAAGCAAUUAGAAAUUCAGCAACAUCAA